AUGAACCCCAGCCCGCCGUUCGGGGCCCGGCCGGCCGGAUCCCCCCGGGUCGUAGCCCGGGCGGGCGCGCGGCGCAACGAGAGCCAGGACUACCUGCUGCUGGACGCCGAGCCCGGGGAGGACGGCUGCGCGCAGCCCCCGCUGCCGCCCUGCGUCUACCCCAGCGUCCGAGGCACCGACAACAGACUGGCCCACCGGCGGCAGACAAUUCUCCGGGAGAAGGGGAGAAGGUUAGCUAAUCGAGGACCAGCGUACAUGUUUAAUGAUCGCUCCACAAGCCUGUCUGUGGAGGAGGAGCGCUUUUUAGAUGCAGCUGAAUAUGGCAACAUCCCAGUGGUGAGAAAGAUGCUAGAAGAAUGCCUCUCCCUCAAUGUCAACUGUGUGGAUUACAUGGGCCAGAAUGCCCUGCAGUUGGCCGUGGCCAAUGAGCAUCUGGAAAUCACAGAACUUCUACUCAAGAAAGAAAACCUCUCUCGAGUGGGGGACGCCUUGCUUCUGGCUAUCAGCAAAGGUUAUGUUCGGAUAGUGGAAGCCAUCCUCAGUCAUCCCGCUUUUGCUGAAGGAAAGAGGUUAGCAACCAGCCCCAGCCAGUCUGAACUCCAGCAAGAUGACUUUUAUGCCUACGAUGAGGAUGGGACCCGCUUCUCCCAUGACGUGACUCCAGUCAUUCUGGCCGCCCACUGCCAGGAAUAUGAAAUUGUGCACACCCUCCUGCGGAAGGGUGCCCGGAUUGAACGGCCUCAUGACUAUUUCUGCAAGUGCAGUGAAUGCAACCAGAAACAGAAACAUGACUCCUUUAGCCACUCCAGGUCUAGGAUUAAUGCCUACAAAGGCCUGGCGAGUCCAGCUUACCUGUCUUUGUCCAGCGAAGACCCGGUCAUGACGGCUUUAGAGCUUAGCAAUGAGCUGGCAGUGCUGGCCAACAUUGAGAAAGAGUUCAAGAAUGACUAUAAAAAACUGUCGAUGCAGUGCAAAGAUUUUGUUGUUGGGCUCCUUGAUCUGUGCAGAAAUACAGAAGAAGUGGAGGCCAUUCUGAACGGGGAUGUUGAAAUACACCACAGUGGCAGAGACCACAGUCGUCCAAAUCUCAGCCGUUUAAAGCUUGCCAUUAAAUAUGAAGUAAAAAAAUUUGUAGCCCAUCCAAACUGCCAGCAGCAGCUCCUCUCCAUCUGGUAUGAGAACCUCUCAGGCCUGCGGCAGCAGACGAUGGCAGUCAAGUUCCUCGUGGUCCUUGCUGUUGCCGUGGGACUGCCCUUCCUGGCUCUCAUUUACUGGUUUGCUCCAUGCAGCAAGAUGGGGAAGAUCAUGCGUGGACCAUUUAUGAAGUUUGUAGCACACGCAGCCUCAUUCACCAUUUUUCUGGGACUGCUAGUCAUGAAUGCAGCUGACAGAUUUGAAGGCACCAAACUGCUCCCUAAUGAAACCAGCACAGAUAAUGCAAAGCAGCUGUUCAGGAUGAAAACAUCUUGCUUCUCAUGGAUGGAGAUGCUCAUCAUAUCCUGGGUAAUAGGCAUGAUAUGGGCUGAAUGUAAAGAAAUUUGGACUCAAGGCCCCAAGGAAUAUUUGUUUGAGUUGUGGAAUAUGCUUGAUUUUGGUAUGUUAGCGAUUUUUGCAGCAUCAUUCAUUGCAAGAUUCAUGGCAUUUUGGCACGCUUCCAAAGCUCAGAGCAUCAUUGAUGCAAAUGAUACUUUGAAAGACUUAACAAAAGUCACAUUGGGAGACAAUGUGAAAUACUACAAUUUGGCCAGGAUAAAGUGGGACCCCUCUGAUCCUCAAAUUAUAUCUGAAGGUCUUUAUGCAAUUGCUGUGGUUUUAAGUUUCUCCAGAAUAGCUUAUAUCUUACCAGCAAAUGAAAGCUUUGGGCCUCUGCAGAUAUCACUUGGAAGGACAGUAAAAGACAUCUUCAAGUUCAUGGUCAUCUUCAUCAUGGUGUUUGUGGCCUUCAUGAUUGGAAUGUUCAACCUCUACUCCUACUACAUUGGUGCAAAACAAAAUGAAGCCUUUACCACAGUCGAGGAGAGUUUUAAGACACUGUUCUGGGCUAUAUUUGGACUUUCUGAAGUGAAAUCAGUAGUCAUCAAUUAUAAUCACAAAUUCAUUGAAAACAUCGGUUAUGUUCUUUAUGGCGUCUAUAAUGUUACAAUGGUCAUUGUUUUGCUAAACAUGUUAAUUGCAAUGAUCAACAGUUCAUUCCAGGAGAUUGAGGAUGAUGCCGAUGUGGAAUGGAAAUUUGCAAGGGCCAAGCUUUGGUUUUCCUAUUUUGAGGAGGGAAGGACUCUUCCUGUUCCCUUCAACCUGGUGCCAAGUCCGAAGUCCCUGUUUUAUCUCUUACUGAAGCUUAAGAAAUGGAUUUCCAAGCUGUUCAGAUGUCAUAAAAAGGGUUUCCAGGAGGAUACUGAGAUGAACAAGAGAAAUGAAGAAAAGAAAUUUGGGAUUUUGGGAAGUCAUGAAGACCUUCCAAAAUUAUCACUUGACAGAAAACAGCUUGAGCAGAAUAAAGGAUCAAGUUUAAGAAGUUCAGAAGAUUUCCAGUUAAAUAGUUUCAGUAAUCCUCCAAGGCAGUAUCAGAAAAUAAUGAAGAGGCUCAUUAAAAGAUAUGUUCUGAAAGCCCAGAUCGAUAAGGAAAGUGACGAAGUGAAUGAAGGGGAACUGAAGGAAAUUAAGCAGGACAUCUCAAGUCUCCGCUAUGAACUCCUGGAAGAAAAAACUCAGAAUUCAGAAGAUCUAGCAGAACUGAUUAGAAAACUCGGGGAGAAAUUAUCAUUGGGACCAAAACAAGAGGACAGCAAGAGAUAA